AUGGCGCGCAAGACUAUUUCUGGCAGUGUAGUCAGCACCACAGUCUCGACAGCGGGGAAUGAGGUUCCAAAAUACAAAGACCCCAAUGUCCCUGUCCCCGAGCGUGUUUCCGACCUCCUGUCACGCAUGACACUAGAGGAGAAGGCCGGACAGAUGUUCCACGAUAUGGUCUUGAUGUUCAACGAUGCAAAUGCCCAAGGGACUUCGAGGGACCUGCCAACUGCCGAAAGCAAGAUCAAGGAACUGAAAAUGAGCCAUUUCAACCUCCUCGGACCGGUGACUAACGCCCGAGAGACAGCAAAAUGGUUCAACAGCCUACAGUCCUUUGCGCUUUCACAAACAAGGCUAGGAAUCCCGAUCACCUUGUCCACAGACCCACGAAACCAUUUCAACGAGAACAUCGGGACUAGUUUCAACGCCGGCGCAUUGUCCCAGUGGACCGAGAUGCUCGGGCUGGCCGCUCUGCGCGACGAGGCUCUCGUGGAAAAGUUCGGGGAUAUUGCUCGACGCGAGUACGUUGCACUAGGUAUCCGCUGUGCCCUUUCGCCUCAAAUCGACCUGGCCACCGAAUAUCGCUGGGCACGCAUCAACGGUGGCUUUGGCGAGGACGCCGACCUCUCCGGUAGGCUGGUCCAGGCAUUACUCCGCGGUUUCCAGGGGAGCGCCGACGGCACGAUCGGCAGGAACAGCGUCAGCUGCGUGACCAAACAUUUCCCCGGUGCUGGGCCGCAAAAGGACGGCGAGGACGCGCACUUUGUCUACGGCAAGGAGCAAGUCUAUCCGGAAGGGAAAUUCGAGUACCACCUUCGUCCGUUUCGCAAGGCCAUCGAGGCAGGCACUCGCCAGAUCAUGCCGUACUACAGCAAGCCGCUGGGCUUGGAGGGCGACUAUGCCGAAGAAGUAGGCUUUGGCUUCCACAAAGGCAUCAUCACCAAACUCCUGCGUGAGGAGCUGGGAUUUGACGGGAUCGUCCUGACGGACUGGGGUCUGAUCACGGACGCGGUGAUCCUGGGCCAGGACAUGCCUGCGCGUGCUUGGGGCUGCGAGAACCUCAGCGAGCUAGAGAGAGUGGUCAAGGUCCUCCACGCAGGUUGUGAUCAGUUCGGUGGCGAGUCGCGGCCCGAGCUGGUGGUGGAGGCGGUCCUGAAGGGCCUCGUGGAUGAGUCUCGUAUCGAUCGUUCGGUGAGUAAGCUGCUGACUGAGAAGUUUGAAUUGGGCUUGUUCGACCACCCGUUUGUAGACGUUGACGCCGCUGCGAACAUGGUGGGCCAUCCAGAUUUUGUGCGUGAGGCCGACGCCUCCCAGCGCCGCAGCUUCACGCUUCUUGUCAACAACCGUCGCACGGACGAGGAAAAUGUCCCCCUUCCGCUGAAGAUGGCCGACCUUCAUGGCAAGAAAGUCUACCUAGAAAACAUCGACGCCGAGGUAUUCAAGGCCAAAUGCGGUCGUUUGGCGGCGGCUGCACAGGUAGUCUCGAACCCUGACGAGGCUGAUAUCGCCUUGAUCCGCCUGCGGGCGCCUUAUGAGCCUCGCGCAGGCGGUUUCGAAGCCAGAUUUCACGCAGGAUCACUGGAGUUCAGCCCAGAAGAAAAGUCCCGCCAGCGCGAAAUAUGCGCCAAGGUGCCCUUCUGCAUAGUCGAUGUGCACCUUGACCGCCCAGCCGUGCUCACGGACAUCGCAGCUCAGGUAUCCGCGUUACUGGUCAGUUACGGCAGCAAUGUCGCCGCUUUCUUGGAUGUUGUCUUUGGCCUGGAUGGCUGGGGUCCGGAAGGACUUUUGCCGUUUGAUCUGCCUAGCUCCAUGGCUGCUGUCGUCGAAAGCGCACCAGACGCACCUUACAGCACCCGCAACCCCCUUUUCCACUUUGGCCAUGGGCUGCGUUACCAGGAUGGCCGCUAA